AUGGAAGUACAGGGACAAAAUACAUACGGAACAUCAUUCAACGGCGAGCUGCAAAACGGAGCAACUGAACAAGAUACUAUGCCCGAGAUGAAAAUAAACAUGAAUUCCCAAGUAGAUAAGCAGAGAUCAAGAUAUCCUUAUUCUAUUGUUUGGACACCAAUUCCCAUGCUCACAUGGAUCUUUCCUUUUAUUGGUCACAUGGGAAUAUGUAUGUCUUCAGGAGUUAUCAGAGAUUUUGCUGGGCCUUAUUAUGUAUCAGAGGAUUGUAUGGGUUUUGGUAACCCCACCAGAUAUUUACAGUUAAACCCAUCCAAUACAAGGAAAGAAAGCUGGGACAUAGCAGUGUCAUCAGCUUCUGAGGAAUACAAAAACAGAAUGCAUAAUCUCUGCUGUGAUAACUGUCACUCACAUGUAGCUAUGGCUUUGAAUUUAAUGCAAUAUGAUGGUAGUACGUCAUGGAACAUGUUUAAACUCUGCUUCUGGAUUUUCUUCAGAGCCAAGUAUGUCAAUUUUCUUGGAUUUCUAAAACAAUGGCUGCCCUUUCUACUGCUUGUCACAUUAAUUGUGUGUCUGGCAGUGUUUUUGUAAAGACAAUUCAAGUACUCAAGAAUCAUAAAUGCAGCAAUAGAGGGUGCUUAAGGGGUUAGCAUAUGUUUAAUGUGUUUUUUUCCAGUUUUUUUUUUUUUUUUUUUUUUAAAUUAUUGAUGGUUAUGAU